AUGUCCGGUCGUCGCUCGCGCUGCGGCCUCUCGCUGCGCUCGAUCAAGCAAGUCAUGAUGUACAGGACCCUGCUGGUGGUGCUGUCUCUGGCGCUCCUGGCGUUCGCCAGGGCCAGCUUCGAGCCAGUCUAUGACGACGACGUCUACGUCCGCCCGGACGUCGGCGACCUCGGCCGCGGCCUCGAGCGCAACCUGCUCGAGGAGAAGGCGCACCCGGUGCGCCGUCACGCGCUGGUGAGCACCCGCGCGGGCCUCGACUCCCUCGCCGCCGCCGAGAAGGCCGGCGCGGAGACGCAGGCCACCGCCGCGGCCACCGCGGCCAGUGAGGCCGCCACGAAGGCCACGGCUGCCCGCACGGCUGCCGAAACCGUCAAGACCGCCGCUCAGGCCAAGAAGACGGCCGUGGAGUCGAGCGUCGCUGCUGCUGCGACCUUCCUCGCCACCGCCCGCACGACGGCCGCCGCCCAGGUCGCCGCCGCCCAGAGCGCGCUGAGCUCGGCCUUCAACUCGACCAACUCGACCAACUCGUCCCGCCGCGCCUACUAA